AUGAAAGCAUGUGUGGUUGGGGGAGGGCCUGCAGGGCUGUAUGCAGCAAAGUUCCUUGUUGACCGAGGCAUUCGCACCACGCUAUAUGAAAAGGAGGCCGAGAUUGGCGGGCUUUACAGAUACUCGCUGUUGCCUGUGUCGAAGAUGGCGCCGUUUGCGAGGCUCCUAAGUGAUCCGAAGUUUGAUAUCAAACUGAAUAGCCCUGUAGAUACUGUGCGCCUUGAGCAGCUUGAGGAUGGCUUUGAUGUUUUUGUGAUUGCCACAGGCGCAGGAGGCCCAAGGAUGCCAGAUAUUUUCGGAGCAGAGCAUUGCAUCAGCGGGCUGGAUGUGAUUAAGGCAUUCUGGAAUGGAGAAGAUGCAAAGCAUCGAGUUGGAAAGAAAGUGCUGAUAGUUGGAAUGGGAAACGUGUCGAUGGAUGUUGUAAAAGUUGUUUUUGGAUGGGCAGGCCGUCAUUCAGAACGCAGGAUUGACGCAUGCAUUGGCAGAAACAGGAGCGUUGGUGUAGGUGCAGAGCAUGUCACGAUUGUAUCUCGAGGCAAUGCAUACAACGGUUCUUUUUCGAAUUCAGAGCUUAGAAGUGUGCUUGAAAUAGAUGACCUGAAGAUUAUGUGCUCGGAGGGAAAGAACAGCAGCCUAGGCGAAUGCAAUGGAUUACAGAGCUUAAACAUAAAAAGAGUAUUUGAAUGGAUUAAAUGCAUCAAGGCAAAGAUAUUUGAUGGAACCAAUCGUAAAUGGUGGGAACGACGGAAGAAGAUGCUAACAGAGAAUAGAAAUGGAAGCAGGAAGCUUCAUAUGAGAUUCAACACGUUGAUUACAUCAAUAGCGAAGGAUGACGAUGGGUACCGAGUAGUGCUUGAAAGGGAUGGCGUGGGAUCUAGUGAGGUUUUUGAUUCAGUUGUAUGCUGCAUGGGGUUUGAGAAUGCACAAGUACACAAGAUGAUGAAUAAGAAGCCAAUGUUCCGUAUUGGAUGGGCAAAGCAUGCAAGAGGAAAUGUGGAUGCAGUGAUGAGGGAUGCGCUUCUUGCAGUGAUGCACAUUGACCAGAUGAAUAUGAACAAUCAGAAAUUGAAGGAAAGCAGUACGAUGUGA